AUGACCGAAGACGUGCUUAAAAAUAUAAGCAAUAGGCUGAACAACACUAUAAAACAGACGAAUGAACUAUUUAAGGCAAUCAACGCCAAAGGGACUCUGGAUUUCGAUACAAGUGCGUUGACUGGCGGAGCCAAGUUAAAAAUUAUUGACGGUUUUAAUUCUCCUGAUAAAAAAUGGGCGCUGCCUUACACCCUUCCCGUCACCAAGUCACCCGGAAAUGAAGUGAUCAAAGAAGUCCCUAGUGCCGUCGUUUUGCCUAAUCGCCCAUCGGGGAGAGGCCCCAAAGAAUCCUUCGAGCAGGCCAAGGGGGAGCUCGAACACGAUUUUGUACAAGCUGACCCCAAGUUAGAGGGGAAGUUGGAGGGAUGGAACGAAAAACAGAAGAAGGUGUUCUUCAAGUUUGUGGCAGACUCCGAAAACAAGAUGCGCAUGGAGAGUCUGAGGCUCCAGGACGAGUACAAUAAGCAGCUGGCCUCAAAGUUGGCCAUGGUCAGAAACGAGCUCUACGAGUCGAAUCGAAGCAACCUCAUGGAGCUCCAGCGCAUGCGCCUGGAGAAGGACCGCUGGUCCCUGGAGGAGUCCGAAACCAAAAACGCUCUGUCCAGCGUCUCCACUGCGCUCGAGGGUCUGCAGAAGGCGUACGACAACUUGCGGGGAGAGCUCGAGGAUCGCGAGUUCCAGCUAAACAGCAUGGACGGGGAGCUCUUGAACUACGAGAGGCUCGUCGACACUCUCAGGUCAGACAACGCGAGCCUGCAGAAGGAGCUGCACGACAAAUCUGAGCACGUGACUCGCCUGCAAAACGACGUUUCUGACGCGUACUUGAGACUCGAGGCCGAGAGCGGAAAGUGCAGCAGCGCCGAGAGCGAACUCGAGUCAGUCAAGCAGGCCCGAAAGGAGCUCAUGCAGCAGAACAAGAGCCUCAGGGUCCAGCUGGACUCUCUGGCUCUGAAAAACAAGUUCCUGGUCGCCGAGCGUGAAACUCUGGAGAGUCGUAACGCCAAGCUCGAGCGCGAGUUGAUCGAGUUAAACAAGGAGGCUGUGGGCCUGCAAACUCGGCUGCGCAACUUCGAAGUUUCAGAGUCCUCCAAGGUGAGCGCGCUCCAGGAGCGGGUGGAUUCUCUGACCCAAAAGCUUAAGGAGGCCCAGGUCGACCUCGUUGCCCUGGACAAACGCGCCGAGGUCGAGGGCCUUAACAGGCAGGUCCAGACCCUAAAGGCUCAGCUGAAGCAGGCCAACUCCGACAACGACGCCCUCUUCAAGGAGAACGCGACUCUGCAGAAGAAGUGGGACCAGGAGAAGGCCCUGGUCAAGGAACAUCUGAACAACCUCUACGAGGCCAAGUGCAGGGCCCACUCGCUCAGGUCCGAGGUCAGGAGCCUCAAGGAGAGCCUCGCUUGGGCCUCGAGGCACCUCAACUCCCACUCUGCGGCCAGUUUUAGUCCCCCGAGCUCCGACCCUGGUGCUCCCGACUCAGCCGAGGUCGACCUGUCGUUCCUGAAGGAGGCGCUUGCCGACAAGGGAGCGGCUGACUCAGUCAAAAGGCGCGACCUCUUCGCCCCGACCAUGUUCGACUGCCCCGACCCUGAGACGCAGGCUAAGAUCGACGAGCUUGAGAAGGCUCUCACCGAGCUUCACUUGGAGAAGGACCGUCUCGAGUCUGAAAUGACUCGCUGCAAGCUCGGCCCCGGCUCCCCUACCAUGCAGAGGAGGCAGCACUUCCUCCUCGAGCGCAAGGUUUCUGAGACCGUGAGGAAGAUAAACGACGUUUCCGGCGAAAUAAAGACUCUGUACAACAAUUAG